GACAUGCAAGAUGUUUACUGGCCACUGUGUGCGCCGCCUUGGUGAGGUUGUGACGGCGCUACAAUGAUGGGGGAAACCUGACGGUGGAUGAUUGGCAAGGCACAACAAGUAGUAAUAACCUUUCCGCCCGCACAGAGUUGCCAGAUUACGCGCCAAUUAUAAUCAACUCGAGUUCUCCGUCGUGGAUCGAACGCGCGACUUUCCGACAUUGUCAACAACGGACAGUUUCUGAUCUCCGGCCGCUCCUCCCAACUUCUUUGACGCGCUGCACCAUGCACCACUUGCGGUUGCCUUUACAUCCCCACAUCACCAACACUUGACAGGUCGCCAUGUCCUCCGGCUCGGACCUCGAUGCCCAGGUUAUCUCCUGCUUGCAGGCUACCCUCGACCCCCACGAGGCCACUCGCCGUGCCGCCGAGGAGCAGCUCAAAUCUCUCUACCAGCACCCAGAGGGCGGUCUGAGUCUUACUCGAAUUCUGGCCGACUACAACGUCUCACUGCCCCAGCGCCAGUCCGCUGGUAUCCUUCUACAAAAGUAUAUUGACAAGCACUGGAGUGCUUGCUCUGAUGCGUAUGAGCCCCCCGCCACCCCAAGUGAGGCAAAGGCCGCCAUCCGACCGAUGCUACUGCGCGCCCUCUCCGACCGCGAGCGCAAGGUCCGUACCGCCGCUGCUUUCGCUUGCUCCACCGUAGCCCGCUCCGACUGGCCUGACGACUGGCCUACUCUUCUGUCUGAGCUCAUCACCUUGCUACAGACGGGCUCACCAGAUGCUGUCCACGGCGCAAUGCGCGUUGUCACCGAGUUCGUCAAGAACGAGCUGAGCGAGGACCAGCUUGUUCCCGUCGUGCGCGACCUUGUUCCCGCACUCCUUUCCAUUCUCGGCAGCCCUGGCGUACACUCCUUCCUCACCCGCGCAGAGACGGUCGCCGUCUACCGUCAAGUUGUGACAUUGCUCGAGAUGCUCAAGGAAGAACACCCCCAGGCUGUGCGUCAGGCGCUCAACAGCAUGGCGCCUGUAUGGUUUGACGCGUUCACCCAGUUGCUCAGCGUCGAUGCCGCCGUCGACCUUCAGACUAGUUGGGAGAGCCUCGCGCUGCGUAUUCGCAUCUUCCGCGUGCUCCUCCAGUUCCAGACAAAGUUUCCCCGUUACAUUGCCCCUCACAUUCCCACCUUUCUCAGACUUUCCAUUCUCAACCUCACUUCCCUCCUCCCUGCCUUCAACCGCUACUAUGUCAGCUCGGACCCCGACUCCCCAGACCCACCCAUCCCCGAGGACUCUUACCAGGUCAAGAUGGAUCUCGACGACCUCGCAUCCGCGAUAUUUGAGUAUCUGGAGCCGACGGUGCGCUCUAAGGACGCUCAGGAAAUUCUCCUCAACGCCUCCGAGGAGCGUGGCACCGCCGUCAUGGAGACCAUCGUUGGGCUUGUCCUCACCUACACUCAGGUGACCCGGCAACAGGAGGAGGAGUGGCUCGAGGACGCAAACGCCUUUGUGGAGGACGAGGAUGAGGACAACUUUGAGUACUCUCUGCGCAUUAUCGGGCAUGACCUGAUGGGCUCAAUGAUCGACAAGUGGCCACGUCCCGUCGGCGCAGUGGUAAACGAGAUCGCGAAACGGCGCGUACACGAGAGUGCAGCUGCACACGCGUCCGGCAACGCAGACUGGUGGAAGCCGCUCGAAACUAUGCUCGGGCUCCUCGGCGGCAUUGCCGACGACCUCACUAAUCUCCUCGAGCAGGACAGCGAUGCUGGCCGCCAGCCCACCCUGGACCUGGCUUACUUCUUUGACCAGGUCAUCCCUAGCCUACUCGUGCAGACGGACGCGCCGUUCCUGCAGGGUCGCGCUUUCGUCUUCGCCUCCCAGUUCGCAAGCCCGCUUUCUGACAACGUCGCGCAGCACUACCUCAAUGCCACCGUAGAGGCACUGAGCUCGGAGAACAUCUCCGUGCCAGUCAAGAUCUCGGCCGUGAAGACGAUCCGCAACUUCUGCCGACAUGUCGACUCGAGCAUCAUGAGCGCGCAAGCGCCCAAGGUGCUGUCGCUGCUCCUUCCAGUGCUCUGGGGCAUGACGAACGAGACGCUUUACCUCAUUCUGGAGACUAUUCACUCCGUGGUUUCGCUUGACAAGGCAGCCCUCAAUGCCGAAAGCACCAAUGCAAUUUGCGAGCACGUCUACAAUGAGUGGCUGAAGAACACGACUGAUCCAAUCUUCACCGCUAUCACCGAGGAGCUUGUUGAGUCGAUCGCAUCGUCGCCGAACCCAUCGGCAAUUUCGACCCUCGUGAACUUCCUCUCGCCCCGCCUUGCGGAGCUCAUUACCCAGCCGGUCGACGAGGACACGUUGCACGUUCCCGGCGAGGCCAUUCAGCUCGCCAAUGCCAUUGUUAGGCCACGCGGAGGGCCCCUCGAGGCCGAGUACAUCGGCACGGUGACCGUUGCUGUCAUGAAGGUCCUCGAGCAGACCGACGACAUGGAGGUAAUCCAGCGCGGCAUGCUCCACCUCACGUACAUUGUCCGCAAGGACUGCGACAAGCUCAUUGAGUGGCACGCACCAGACGGGACCAACGGCAUCGCGCGCAUUUUUGGGCUGCUGGGCCGCUUCUUGGCGCCUACCUUCUCCGAAUCGGGCGGCAUCUUCGUUGGCGACCUCGUCAUGCACCUCUUCCGCAAGGCGGGCUCUGCGAUCGCCCCGGUUUUGGGUGAUCUGCUCAGCGCCAUGGCCUCACGCCUCGCUACUGCGCAGACCGACAGCUUCAUACAGUCAAUGAUUAUUCCGUUCGCGUACCUCUUCGGAACAGAGUACACUGAAGAGUCGCUGGCGCUUCUCCAGUCGUUCCAGCCCGUCACUGUCGGGCCAGGCCAGACUGCACCGGCACUCGACCUUGUGCUGCAGAAGUGGAGCGAUGUCGCAGACACAAUCACCGGCUCGUGGAACAUCCGCGUCAAUGACCUCGGCCUCUGCAAGCUGUUCAGCGCGGGGUCUCCAGCCCUCAACCGCGUGCGCGUCAAGGGAGACCUGCUGAUCACGGACGCAAACCGCAACCGCAUUAUGACGCGAUCGCGCACUCUGGCGCAGCCCAACACGUACUCGGAGAUUCCGUUCCCCAUCAAGGCGCUCAAGCUGCUGCUCAAGGACGUGCAGGUUGAGGGCAAGGGGAAGGGCAAGUCGAAGGGCGGGCUCGACGUACCCGAGGACGACGGCGACGAGGAGUGGGACGACGACGAUCUCCUCGCAGGCCCCGCGCCCGACGACGAAUUCGCGCUGCUGAGCGACUGGCUUGACGCGGGUCCCAAUGCCAGCGAUGCGCAGGACGACGACGAGGACCUCAAGGCGGACCCGCUGGCGCAGAUCGACAUGGGUGAGCACAUUACCGAGACACUGCGGUCGUGCUACGCGUCCAACGCAAAUGGGAUGCACGAGAUGGUGGGGGCGCUGUCGGCAGAGGAGAAGGGGGUGCUGCAGGGUGUUUUGACCCUGUAAGUGAGCAUUCGGUGGAAUGAAUGUCUUGCAGAGGAGUUUUUAGCAUUCAUGGGAUUGAAUUGCUCACUUUAUAGUGGCAUAAUGCAUAUUGUACUAGAGUUAC